AUGGCGGUCGAAACGCUAGCGAGUGAAAGGAGGGCCCAGAUUGCGCACGCAGACGAAGAGCUACUCGCAUCACUUGGGUACAAGCAAGAGUUCAAACGGGCCUUUACACCAUUUGAAGUGUUUGGCAUUGCGUUUUCAAUUAUUGCAUUGCUACCUUCUAUCGCGUCUUGUUUAGUAUAUUCCCUGCCAUAUGGAGGUCCCGUGAGCAUGGUGUGGGGGUGGUUAACGGCCUCGGUCUUGAUCCUGUUCGUUGGGUUGGCUUUGGCGGAGCUAGCUAGCGCUGCUCCAACUUCUGGGGGUCUUUAUUUUUGGACAUGGACCUUCUCGCCUCCACGCUAUAAAAAAGUCCUUUCUUGGCUUGUCGGCUACGCAAACACUCUUGGAUCGAUUGCUUGUAUUGCUUCAAUUGACUGGGGAUGUGCUAUACAAGUCACGGCGGCGGUCACAAUUGGGACCUCGGGAAGUUUCGUUGUAACAACGGGCAAGCCAAACUCUAUUGGACCGGGUCAAACCUAUGGCAUAUAUAUUGCGAUUCUUUUUACGCAUGCAUUGGUAUGCUCACUGGCCACCGAGGUUUUGGCCCGGCUUCAGAGUUUCUAUGUUGCACUGAAUCUAAUACUCUUUUUUGGCGUAUUGAUUGCACUACCAGCAGCUACUCCAACCGAGUUCAUGAAUCCCGCAAGUUUCGCUUUGGGUGGUUUCACAAAUCUGAGCACAUACCCUGCUGGGUUCGCAUACAUUCUAUCAUGGCUAGCUCCUGUCUGGACGAUUGGUGCAUAUGAUUCAUGCGUCCACAUUAGCGAAGAGGCGAGCAACGCGGCUGUAGCGGUCCCAUGGGCGAUUAUAGGUGCCAUAGGAAUAAGCGGGAUUCUGGGAACUGCCAUGAAUAUAGCCAUAGCGUUUUGUAUGGGCACAGAUAUUGAGGCUAUCAUCGAUAGCGACAUCGGACAGCCAUUGGCGGCGAUAUUUUUCAAUAGCUUUGGUCAAAAGGCUACUCUCGGGAUCUGGUCCGUGGUCGUGCUUACUCAAUGGGGUAUGGGCUCCAGCAUUGUCCUCGCGACUUCACGGCAGGUUUUUGCCUUCUCGCGCGACGGAGCAAUGCCAUUCUCGGGAUUCUUGUAUCGCAUGAAUUCACACACUAAAACACCCGUCAACACCGUCUGGUUCUCGGUAUUCAUUUCGGCGCUGUUGGGCCUUCUGGCUUUCGCAGGAGAAGCAGCUAUAGGGGCUGUAUUUGCCCUCUCGGUUAUUGGAUUGUACAUUGCCUAUUCGAUUCCGAUUGGAGCACGAUUCCUUUUCAAAGGGCAUAAUUACAAACCUGGGCCUUUCAACCUUGGUGUCUUCGGUCUUCCCGUCGCUAUUGUUGCGAUCGUUUUCAUGACUUUCAUUAGCGUUGUGUUCCUCUUCCCUACUGAACUUGCACCUGCGGUAGCAGACAUGAAUUAUGCUGUGGUGGUAAUGGGCGGUGUUAUGAUUGGUUGUUUAAUAUGGUAUUGGUUCCCCAAGUACGGUGGUGUAAAUUGGUUUGAAGGCCCAGUCACCACGGUAGAAGCUCUUCCAAAAUCCAUUCCUAGCGAAGACAAUGGGUCAAUCGAAAGAGAAAAGGAGAAAAUAGGAGAAAAUGCAAUUCAGCUGUUCCUGGCCGUUCUCAUUGCGUUGCCAAUCGCAACUCCUGCAGAGUUUAGAAAUUCGGGGAAUUACGCUCUAGGAAACUUUACCAAUUUGAGCGGGUACUCUGACGGCUUCGCUUUCUUCUUAUCUUGGCUGGCUCCAGUCUGGACAAUUGGCUCCUAUGAUUCAAGUGUACAUAUUAGUGAGGAAGCGAGCAAUGCAGCUGUCGCAGUUCCUUGGGCGAUCGUAGGCGCGAUAGCCAUCAGUGGUAUUCUAGGAACUGCAUUGAAUAUCGCUAUAGCAUUCUGUAUGGGGACAAAUAUCAACGCUAUUCUGAAUAGUAGUAUCGGGCAACCUCUCGCAGCGAUAUUCUUCAACAGCUUCGGCGAAAGAGCAACUCUUGGGAUCUGGUCGGUUGUAGUAGUCACACAAUGGGGAAUGGGGUCAAGCAUAGUUCUCUCUACCUCCCGACAAGUAUUCGCUUUCUCGCGGGAUGGUGCGAUGCCGUUUUCUAGAAUACUUUAUCGCAUUAAUGAACACACCGGGACACCCGUCAACACCGUUUGGUUCUCGGUACUCAUCGCUGCCUUACUGGGAUUACUUGCGUUCGCCGGAGAGGUCGCUAUCAUGGCGGUAUUUUCGAUUGCGGUCAUCGGGCUGUAUAUUGCGUACAUUAUUCCCAUCGGAGCGCGCUUCGUCUUUAAGCAAGACAAAUUCAGACCUGGUCCGUUUACAUUAGGUCCAUUCGGCCUUCCUGUCGCAACUAUCGCGAUCACAUUCAUGACUUUUGUCACAAUCAUCCUGUUGUUCCCUUCAAGGCCAACACCAGGAUUUUCCGACAUGAAUUAUGCGACCGUAGUUAUGGGCGCGGUCAUGAUUGUGUAUCGUGUACCAUUUGCGUUCCUCAACAGUAUGGAGGCAUUCAUUGGUUUGAAGGUCCUGUAUCGACCGUUGAUGUCACCGAUGGGACAUCCUCGGCCAUACAAGGGCGGCAUCUACAGUGUCAUUCGAUAA